AUGAUGUGCUUCGACACUGUUGAUGUUCCAUCAGACCUAAAGCCCGGGGUUGAAACGUGGUUGAAGUACGACAAAAAUGAGUCUACUAGGAUAGAGAUUAUCGAUUUGGUUCGCUCCAAGAACUGGAACGAACUGCACAAGCGAUUGGACACUAGAAUAGCGUUCGGCACUGCAGGGUUGCGUUCCAAGAUGGAAGCAGGUUUCAGUCGUAUGAAUACUCUGACUGUUUUACAGGCAUCGCAGGGACUGGCCCAAUACGUGGCCAAGAAGUUUCCCGUUAAUAAGUCUGUGGUUGUGGGCCACGACCACCGGUACAACUCUCGAGACUUCGCGAAAGUGACCAUCGUGGCAUUCUUGCAGCUCGGGUUUAAAGUUUACGAUCUAUGCUCAACGGUCAACGACCGUAACGAUGUUUUUGUGCAUACCCCUAUGGUUCCUUUUGCAAUUGAUCAGUUGAACGCUUCGGCCGGAAUCAUGGUCACUGCGAGUCACAAUCCCAAACUAGACAACGGUUACAAAGUAUACUACGCCAAUGGGUGCCAGAUUAUCCCUCCUCAUGAUAAGCUGAUUGCAGAGUCGAUUGAAUUGAACCUCGAACCUUGGGCUGACGCCUGGAAUUGUGAAGCUGCGAUUGCGGAGGCGGCAGCGAAAGGAACGCUUGUUGACGCUAAGAAGACAUUGGCGAAGCAGUACAUGCAAGCCAUAGGUAAGAACUUGAUCUCAACGGACAUUCCGAGCGGAAAACAAGAACCAUGGUUUGUGUACACGCCAAUGCACGGCGUCGGUUUCGAGUUUUUUGGCGAGCAGAUCAAGGAUGUGUGGGGAUUAGAAGAGAGUGUGGACUACUUUUGCGUGCCGGAGCAAAAGUUUCCUGAUCCUGCUUUUCCCACUGUGAAUUUUCCUAAUCCAGAGGAGAAGGGUGCCUUAGACCUGGCAAUUGCUUUAGCUGACUCACGAAACAUAUCACUUGUUCUUGGUAACGACCCUGAUGCUGACCGCUUUUCAGCGGCGGUCAAAUAUCAAGGGCAAUGGAAGCAAUUGACCGGUAACGAAAUUGGAUUCUUGUUCGCUCAACACGCGUGGGAUGCUUAUGGCAAGAAAAGUGAGGAAUUCAAAGAUAACAAUCCACUUGCUUUAAUCAACUCUACAGUUUCCUCUCAAAUGAUCAAGAAAAUGGCCGAAAUAGAAGGUUUUCACUACGAGGACACGUUGACCGGUUUCAAAUGGCUGGGCAACAGGGCUCGAGACCUUGAAAAAUUAGGCUAUUAUGUCCCUUUCGCAUAUGAAGAGGCCAUCGGAUUCAUGUUCUCCGACAUUGUUCACGACAAGGAUGGCAUUAGCGCUGCAAUCGUGUUUUUGCAGAUGUUAUGGAAUUGGAAAGAGCAAGGACUUUCUGCCCUAGACGUUUUACGGCGUGGCUUUGACAGAUACGGGGUAUUUCAAGAGUACAACGGAUACUACACCGUUCCUGAUCUGGCACUUACAAACACAGUUUUCAGUGCAAUUCGGAAUAGCUAUCUACUUGAGCUACGUCAAUUCCCAGCCCAGCUAGGUCAAGAUUUAACGUUUGAGUCGUUCACAGAUUUAACUACGGGUUUUCAAUCUGACACUCCAGACCACGUUCCUAAGCUCCCAGUAGACCCCAACUCACAAAUGAUCACGGCAACGCUGCGUUCAAACAGGAAUUCUUCUGAUUUGGUCAGGUUCACUACAAGAGGUUCCGGAACAGAGCCUAAAUUGAAAGUUUACAUCGAAGCCAUCUCUACGACGGAAGAAAGAGCAAAAUCCCUUGCUAAAGAAACCUGGAACUCGCUCAAAUCUCAGUGGUUCAAACCUGAAGAAACAGGGUUAACUACCAACUUCUAG